AUGAGAGCGCGUCCUCGUGCAGCAAUUUUAAAGGAAUCUCAAGAUAUUAUUGCUUCUGUUAAAGAACUUGAUCUGACACGCAAGAAUUUGAAAGAACAACUUGAUAUAGCGCGCAAUAAAGUUGAAGAACAGAAAAAAAUCGCAGAACUAAUGUCAGCUCUGAUGCAAAGAACAGAUAUUCCUAGUGAAGAAGUCACAUCUAAACGUAUUUUGGAAUUACAGCAAGAAAUUGCAAAAGCAAAAGCAAUUCAAAAAGAAAUGAAAGACAAAUCAAAUGAAAUGCAUAAAAAUAUAGAGAAAUCACUUAAUAUGCAGCAAAAGGCAGUUCAACAGAAUAAAAUCCAGGAAAGAAUUAAUGAAAUUAAAGAUUCGAUUCUUGCUGAACAAAAAAGAGAAACAGAACUCAAAGCAAAGCAAGCAAAAUUAUCAUCAGACUUACUUAAAAAGCAAGUUGAGCUCAGAGGUAAACAAGAAUUACUUGAAAAAGAAUCAACAGAGCCACCAGAUCUUCAGCAGCUACGCAAAAAGUUAAAUAAUCUUCAAGAUCAAGUAAAUAUCAUUUCGGCUCAAAAAGAAGCUUUUGAGCAAGAAUACGAUGAUAUUUUAGAACAGUUAAAGGCAGCACGUGAUAAACGUAAGAUUUACGAUUCUCUCAAAGAACAAUCAGAAACAGCUAACAUUGAUGAAUCUAGAUCUGCUAUAUUAGAAAGUGCUUCUAAAAAUUUAGAUUUGAGAAGAUACAAACCAUUGACAGAAGAAGCUUUCUCCAUAGAUGACUUAACAGAACUAAUUCAAGAAUGUCAAUUCCUUAUUAAAUGCGCUGAAUGCGAAUUAGAAGAAGAAAAAUAG